AGUGGGGGUCCCGAGCGUCAAUUCUUUUCUCCAAAGACCCGGUCCUCGGAGACAGUCCAGCAUUAAUAAUGUCUUAAGAAACUAAACAUUUCAAUCUGUGUUUGCAUGAUUGAACAUUCCAUACUCCUCCAGGCGGCAUCGCUAUUGUACAGAAUCCCGUUCAGAUCCGAAGUCCCUCAGAAACCCCUUGCCAACAUCCCAUAAGACCUGCCAGACCGGGCAACGCGGUCGCCACUCGCCAUGAGUGCAAUCCUGUCUGCGGACGACCUCAACGACUUCAUUUCGCCUGGUGUCGCCUGCAUUAAGCCUGUCGAGACCCUUCCGAAGCAAGAAGAUUACAAUCCCUACGAAGUUACCACCGAAGACAAAGUUCAAGCACAGAACCCUGCGCCCGCAUCCAUCUCACUUACGGAUUGCCUCGCGUGCUCAGGAUGCGUGACCUCCGCCGAAGCAGUCCUCGUUUCCUUACAAUCGCAUACAGAAGUCCUCCACACUCUUGACUCAUACCCUUCGAUAGACAUUCGCAGUCUGAAAAACAGCUCGAAUGGUGCCAUCAACGGACACGUACCUCAGCCGGCUGGUGCGAAGUUGUUCGUCGCCAGCGUGAGCCCGCAAGUCCGGGCAAGUCUGGCGGCUACAUAUGGCAUUUCUGAGCGAAAAGCAGGAUUUAUGAUUGAACAGUUUCUCAGUGGAUCACAGGGCUUGCGGAUAGGCGGUCAACACAACAACGGGUUCACAUAUGUGGUCGACACGAAUCAGCUCAGAGAGGCUUGUCUCGUGCUUGGAGCAGAAGAGGUGGCAGAUUCAACAGCGAACAAGUCGAAGUCGAAGCCGGUCUUGACGUCGUCUUGUCCUGGAUGGAUAUGCUACGCCGAGAAAACGCACCCUCACAUACUCCCUCAUCUUUCGAACUUGAAGUCACCUCAGGCAUUAUCAGGGACGUUAUUGAAGUCCGUCUUGAGCAGAGCGCUUGGCAUUCCGCCGUCACAGAUCUGGCAUCUCGCCCUCAUGCCGUGUUUCGACAAGAAACUGGAAGCGAGCAGAGAAGAACUUACCGAUCGGUGGUGGCAAUCUACCGAGACGAAAAAUUCAUCUGAACCUGCCGUGCGGGAUGUCGAUUGUGUGAUCACUUCUCGAGAACUUCUUUCGCUGGCUGAAGAACGCGGCGUGCGGCUGUCUAGCUUGCCUCUCGAGCCUAUUGCUCCUUCCGAUCGUCCUCCGUUUCCAGACACAAGAAUAGCAGACUUCCUCUUUCCAAAACCUCGGAGGCGGACCGAGCAGUCUCCAAACGCAGGCUCUUCAGGUGGCUAUCUUUACCACAUCCUUGCGACAGAGCAAGCACGACAUCCAGGCAGCACAAUCUCCAUACAGCGCGGUCGUAAUGUCGAUGUGGUCGAGUACAGUCUCCUGUCGACUUCGGGUGAAAAUCUGAUGAAAUGUGCACGCUAUUAUGGCUUCAGGAAUAUUCAGAAUCUCGUGAGAAAACUCAAGCCGGCGAAGCAGUCAAGACUACCAGGCGCUGCGAGGAGGAUGGCAGCAUCCGCAAGUGGUGGAGGUGAAUACACCUAUGUCGAAGUCAUGGCAUGCCCUGGCGGAUGUACAAACGGUGGCGGCCAGAUAAAGAUCGAAGAUGUGGCCUCCAUCCUGCCACAGACUAGGGGCGAAGAAGUCGUCAAUGCUGCCGGUCCGCAGGGCCAGAAGGAGUGGCUGAAACGAGUCGAUGAGGCUUACUACUCUGCUGAUUCGGAUAGUGAGUCUGAUGGAGAUGUGGUUAUGACUAAUGGUAAUGGACAUGCUGCGGGUCAGGUCAUCAACGGCAUUGACGUUUCCACAGUCCAUGACUUUCUUGACCACUGGGCCAGUGUUGUUGGCGUCUCGCUCGAUAAGCUCGCGUAUACCACAUACCGUGAGGUCGAGAGCGAUGUUGGCAAGAACAAGGCCAGUGGGAAGAACUUGGACGACGCAGCACGCAUUGCACAGAUUGCUGGGAUGAGUGGUGGCGGGUGGUGAGGGACAACGGCACCAGACAUGACCUUGGUGACGAUUGUUAGUUGCUCCUGUUGGUAUUUUAUAGCAUUUGAAUUUUGCCGUUUUGCAGGCGUGAACGUGGGAAAAAACGGAUACCCAGAAAGAUUACACGAUACAAUGCAUGAGCCGGACCUAGACUGCCAUUUGUAGGAAUAUUCUUCUCGGCGCCCUCGA